AUGCUCUUUGUUGCAGAUUUGGUGCGAUCCGCACCAAGACACACGCGAGGUCGACAAAUCAAGAAUUCGGAUCAUCUAGGCAAUUAUUUUGGACGCAAAAGUUGCAGUCGACAAAAGUUUCCCGUGUCAGUGCUCGAAAGGCGACCGACAAGCGCUGCCGUACAUCGUAUACAAAUCACUCGAAUGCAAAUGGAGGUCUUGAAGGAGAAACAAACUUUGCUUACCAGAUUUUCACUCGCUUCAAACAAGAUGGUCGCUGUUCUGGAUAAGCACUUGGAAUAG